AUGUCAACUCAUGUGGACAAUUUGAAGGCCAAGUUACAUGAGAAGUUGGAUCAAUCUUUAAAAGACAUUCAACUAAAGCCUAAAGAAAUAAAAGAUGCAUCAGUAGACCUUACUCCUUUUGAUUCUGCUCAUGAGGUUAGUAGUGGUGACUGGGGCAACGACACGCGCACCAACUUCGUGAUUCAUCUCCGCAACGAACAGCAAGUCAAAGUGGUCAUAGAUGAGGAUCUCCCAAAGGGGCAGAGCAUAGGGCCUUCACUCUCAAAGGCUAUUGAAAGUUCACAUGUAUCUAUUGUUGUUUUCUCACAAGACUAUGCUUCCAGCGAGUGGUGCUUGGGUGAUGCUGAUCUUAUUAAGCAUAUAGUCAAAUAUGUUCUGCAAAUAAAGAAUUACCCGUAG